GGUAUCUUCAUUGAUUCACAAACUGGAAUGAAAUAUUUAUAUUGUUCUGACACACAGUCAUAUAAAUUCAUUUCGGAGGAGUCAAAACCAGAAGAAUUACAUUCAGAUAAAAAGAAUAAAAAAACUUCUAAAAAACGAAGACAAACUAAGGUUCAGAAAUUAUCAAAGAAUAUAAAGUUAGAAAAAGUGAAUAAUAAUGAUAUAGAAGAGUUUGACAGUGAUUCAAAUAAUGAAAAUAAUGCAAUAAAAAGUCCAUCUGAGGAUGGUGAAAUUUUGGAUUCUUCAUCUUGUGAAAAUAACAGCUCAGAUACUGAAGAACUAAUAGAAGAUGAAGAUGCUUCCAAACAGUGGCCUCCUUGUAUUCGAGUAAUAGUUCUAGAAUCAGAAAAAUUACAAAUAGGAAGUUUAUUGCUAAUUACUUACACUGGUUCAACAAUUGGUCGUGAUCAAAAUAAAGAUUUAUUUAUACCAGAUCUCAGCGUAAGCAAAUCUCAUGCUGAUAUAAAAUUUAAUUCUGAUGAAAGAUGCUAUGUUAUAACUGAUUUGGGAAGUCAAAAUGGAACAUACUUAAAUGAGUUCAGAUUAUCUGAGGCAAAACAAAUUAGUCAUUCUUAUCCACUUAAACAUGGAGAUAACUUGAGAAUUGGUAAUUGCAAAUUAUUAUUGCAUAUUCAUGAAGGUACAGAAACAUGUAAUGAUUGUGAACCAGGACAAGUGCAAGCAGAACUAUUAACAAAACAUCCAAUGGAUUGUUUCAUAUAUCUUUGCUGGGAAAUGUGCAGUACUCUUUUAAGGCUCUGGAAGUUUUAUAAAGUCUAAGAACUACCUUGUCACAGAUUUGUCAAACAUCUAUUCUUUUCACUACAUAAAUAGACUGGUCUCUGCUACUAUGCAUUUUUACAGCCCAGCCAAGAUUCUGAAACAAGCUGUAAAUUAAUAUUUCCUCUUGCUAGAUCUUUAUUGCCUAAUACUUAAAAGUUACUUAGAAGCUAUUUAAUUAAAUAUCUUAUUAUACAUUUUAACUUGCAAGUAUCCAAUCCAGUAGUUCUUAACCUGAACAUCUUUUUUGCAUCUAGUAUAAAAAUUAUUUGGAUAGACUAUGUAUAAAGUAAAUUUUGUUUUUCUUUAGUUUAUUUGGACUUUUGGAUUUUCACUGACUGUUAAUUUGAACUAUAAAUCAAUCAUCAGCCUUUUGUUACAACUAGGCACAAGUUUAUUUUCUGUCUGAAUUAACAAUUGAGUUGAAAAACUAGGAAGUCAAUAAUAUCAUGUCGGGGAUAUCUAUAACAAUUAUUUGUCACUACUGUGCAGUGACAUCACAGCUGGCAUAAAAAAGAAUAGUGUGCACUUAUGCUAGUAAUCUUGUACAUUGUCAAUGUGACCCCAUUGUAUCUCAAAUGAAAUUAUGGACCCCUGAUUUUUGUUACCUUUUUAAUUUCCUUGUUUUAUAUUAUGCAAAAUUACAUGGUAGCAGAGCAUUAGAAAAGCCACAUGGAAGAGUUUUUUCUAAUGCUCUGCUUCAAAUACCAGUUUUGGGUUCUUUUGAAUUUUGAGACAAAUCAAAACAUUUUGAAAUAAAUUUGAGUUAUAAAAGAAAACUAACAGUUCAUAACAAACAUAAAAAUAUUUUAAAAGUUCAAAAUUUUAUGAAAAGAACAUGCCACUCAGAAGUAUUGCAUAAUGUAAUAAAUUUAUUAUGAAAUGCUGGAAAAUCUUGGAUCUUAUAUAUAGACAUAAUAAUACACAUUGAAAUCUAGUAUAUACAAUACAUUUUAAAUGUUAGCUUUACAGGGGUUUAAUAUUAAUGCAAUAAAAUGGUCAUUAUUUAGAAAGGAUUUUUUUCUAGAAUUACAACAAAUUGUUUUCUACAUUGUAUUCAGUUAAACAAGUAACUAACAGUGGUGUUCCAUAAACCAAUUAAUACAAGAAUUAACAUGAAAAUUUUGAAAUUUUAUUAUAAUCCUUUACAAAUGCAUUUUAAUUGUCAUAC